CCACUACACUGUUGCUAAUAAAAUAUUUAAAAAGUAAUUAUCAAAUAAUAAGAACUAUAACCAAUAAAUCAAAUCUAAAAAUGUCUAAAAUCGAUACACUUAAAUGGGCCAGUAAGACUGGAGAAUUCAAACGUCAAGCAUCUUCAUUCAGAGAUACUAUUUCAACUGCUCCAGGGGCAAGAUUUGCACCAGAAGCUGGACGUUAUCAUCUUUAUGUUUCCCUUGCGUGUCCUUGGGCUCAUAGAACCCUUAUUGCAAGAGCACUCAAGGGUCUCACUCAGAUAAUUCCUAUUUCUGUAGUACAUUGGCACUUAGAUCAACAAGGAUGGAGAUUUAUCAAUGAAGAAGAACUUAAAGCAAGAAAAUCUUCCAGUGAUCAAGAAUUUGGUACCAUUGACCAUGUUAAUGGCUUCCAAAGACUUCGUGAAAUUUAUUUUAAGGCUGAACCCGAAUAUUCCGGUAGAUUUACUGUUCCAGUUUUAUGGGAUAAAAAAUUAAAUACAAUUGUUAAUAAUGAAUCAAGUGAGAUUUUACGUAUUUUCAAUACUGAAUUCAAUCUGAUUCUUCCAUCUGAAUAUGCUGAAGUUGAUAUUUAUCCUGAAUCAUUACAAUCUGAAAUUGAUGAAUUAAAUACUUGGGUUUAUGACAACAUUAAUAAUGGUGUUUAUAAGGCUGGUUUUGCAACUAAGCAAGAAGUUUAUGAUAAAGAAGUAUUAAAUGUUUUCAAACAUUUGGAUAAACUUGAAGAACAUUUGAAAAAACAACAACUGAAUAAAAAAUCUCCAGAAUUUUUACUUGGGAAUCAAUUAACUGAAGCUGAUAUUCGUUUAUUUACCACCAUUGUUCGUUUUGAUCCAGUUUAUCAUCAACAUUUCAAGUGUAACAUUCGUAUGAUUAGACAUGAUUACCCUCAUAUUCAUAAUUGGUUACGUUUACUUUAUUGGAAAAUCCCUGGUUUCAAAGAAACUACUGAUUUUGAACAUAUCAAGUAUCACUACACAAAAUCUCAUAUUCAAAUUAACCCACUUUCAAUUACUCCAGUUGGACCACUUCCAGACAUUUUUCCAUUAGAUGAUUAA